AUGGCGAAGUUUGGUAUCCAAGUUAGUAUGGGGCAAUGUAGAAGAGAAAAUAAGUAUGCACUGAAACUUGUUGAAGGUAGCCCUGUUGAACAUUAUGGUAAGCUAUGGUCAUAUGGUCAUGAGAUUUUAAGGAUAAAUUCUGGGUCAACUGUAAAACUAGAUAUGGAGGAUGGUCCAGAUGGAAAGAAAUAUUUUAGCAAGUUCUAUUGUUGUUUUCAAGGAGUUAAACAAGGUUGGAUUGAAGGGUGUAGAAGGAUAAUUAGUCUUGAUGGAUGUUUUCUUAAGGGUGUUUGUAAGGGGGAAUUGGUUUGUGCUAGUGGGAGGGAUGCAAAUGACAAGAUAUAUCCUAUUGCUUGGGCAUUGGUUAAUGUGGAGAACAAGCAGAAUUGGAAGUGUUUUUUAGAGCUUCUCAUUGAUGAUCUAAACUUGAAUUUAGGCAAUGGUUUCAGUUCAAUGUCAGGCCAACAUAAGGGUUUGAUAGAGGCUGUUAAAGAGUUGCUACCGUAUGUAGAGCACAGACGGUGUGCUAGACAUAUUUGCCAGAAUUUGCAGAAGAGAUUCACUGGUGUCAUAUAUCAUACCUUGUUUUGGAGAGCAUCUAAAGCCACAACUGAGCAUGAUUUUAAAGUUGUGAUGAAAGAAAUUGAGACAUUGAACCCAGAUGCCCAUCAAUAUCUAAUGGAGAAAGAUCCUAAAACAUGGUCAAGAGCUUUCUUUCAAACUGGAAGGUGUUGUGAUGUAGUUGAAAAUAGGUUCUCAGAAAGUUUUAAUGCUCUAAUAGUAGAUGCUAGGAAGAAGCCCAUAAUAACCAUGCUAGGGGACUUAAGAUUAUACAUGAUGGACAUAAUCUACAACAUGAAAUUAAAUGGACAACAAUGGGGAAAUCAUAUUUGUCCAGAUAUAAGGGAUAAGGUGAAUUUGCUUAAAAAAGCUCAAAGGUAUUAUCAGGUACUACCAAGUGGAUUAAACCAGUUUGAGGUAAGGGGAGCAAUAGAUGCAUAUGAGGUGGACUUAGAAAGGAAAACAUGUUCAUGUAGGUUGUGGCAAUUGAAUGGAUAUGGAUGUGCUCAUUUUGUAGCUAGCAUAUCCUUUCUUAAUAGGGAUGUAGAAGCCUAUGUAGACAACAUGUUUAGCACAACCACAUUUAGGAAGGCAUACAAUUACAGAAUUGCUCCCAUGAAUAGUAGUGACAUGUGGCCAGAGACAAACUAUACUCCACCAUUGCCUCCUAUGAGUAGAAGGAUGCCUGGUAGGCCAGCUACUAAGAGGAAGAAAUCCACUACAGAGAAUACAGGAACACACAGGGUUUCUAAUGCUGGAAAGAAAACCAGAUGUAGUAUUUGCAAGGAGAUAGGUCAUAACAAGGCCACUUGUCCACAAAGAAGUGUAGGGCGUUUUAGUCAUUCUAUGCAAUUUACUACACCUAGAAGUUAUGAAGGUGAUGAGGGUGUUGUGGGUGAGGAAGCUGAUGUGGUUGAGGGAGCUGUUCAAGAUGAGGAGGCUAAGGAGUUUGAUCUUGUUAUCCAAGUUGAUAAUGUUAAUGUUCAAGAGGUUGAUAAGGUUCAGCAGGUAAGGGUUAGGCCAAUUUUAGAGAUUUUGAAGAGGAUAAGGAGAAGAAAGCCAGAGAGAAUAUUGAAGCUGAAAUUAGGCAAAACAAUUGGUGGUGUUGAUGAUCCAGGAAAUUCGAAGGGAAAAGCUCUUGUAAUUGAUUAG